GGAAAAGCCAAUGGAGGGAGAAUUUUAUUUCUAACAAAUUUUCGUCGAAAAAAUUCCCGCCUGGUUAUUUCACUCCUCUCUGCUCUCUCGGAGAUUUUCUUCUGAUUCGUCCUUCUCUUCUCGAAGAUCUUCGUCUCCUAGCUCCGUCUUCUCUCGUUUAAAUGGCUAGAAAGAAGACUGAAACUGCAACGGAGCCCUCAAAGGAGAUCAAAGCGAGAGGAAAAUUAACCAGAGCCAAGAAGUGUAUGAAAACAACUACUAAGAAAUUCCAUCAAUCUGGAAAACAUAAUAGUGGAAGAGAGGAGAAAACCCCUUCUCAAUGUUCAGCUAAGCCUCCAUCUUCUCAAGAUCAAAGGCUGUUACAUACCGAAGACCAAACUCAAAAAGUACCUGUCCUUGAUCUCCAUUCGAGCAAAGAGGUUCAACGUUCUGGAAAAAUGAAGUUGCAGCUCUUUCCUUUGGAUGCUCAUACCCGUGAAGGAUUGGAAAAGGAUGGCUUACACCCAUACUUAGAACUCACUCUUAGCUCACGGAAGAAGAUUUCGUCAGUGCUUCAACGCAUUCACAGUAAGUGGGGCAGCUCAGAGAUUGCUCGGGGAGAUCCCACGUUGUACCCUUAUGAUAAAUCGGUACUUGCUUCUGGUCAUAAAUGGGUAGCAAACAGCAACAUCACUACAGGCGAUGUCUAUGAAGCUAUUGGAGCUCCAUUUCUUUUCCGCUUAAGGUAUGGGUGGUCCUCUGCGACUGAAAAUAAAAACAAUGAACCGCCAUCUCCUUCAACUCCAGGUAUGGGAAAGCAGAUGUUUGGUUCAGAGAACCCAUUGACAAUGCUGUCCUCUCCAAAUCAAGUGACUGACACACCUCCCUUGGAAAACUUACCGCCUGAUGGACAAGUUGAGUCAACGGAGAAUAAGAUAAACAAUGGAUCUGGUCCGACAUUGCUUUUUUGGGAUGAUGGAUUAACAAGCCUAAGUAUUGGUGGCUUGCUUUCAGAAGUAUCAUUGAAGGGAAACUUUGGAAAUCAUUGUAUAAAUUCAAACGCAGGGAAUGCAAACGCAACUCUCUGGGAAGACAAUCUUACUAACAUAAGCAUUGGAGGUCUGUUUUCCGAGGCUUCUUUACAAGACAGACGUCAUAUGAACCAUGAACAGGAACCAGCUCAUAAUAAUAAUGAUGGUCAGACAAUUGGAAGUAUAGGAGGCUUACUUUCCGAAGCAUCUUCUCUAGGAGAGGGAAGGUUUAGUGACUGUAACAAAACUUGGGAAACAAGGAGAGCUAUCAAACAACCACCAUUACAUCUAAUCUCUGAUUCAUUAGAUGCUUUCCUCGUGAACCAAACUCGAGCUCCUUGCCCUGCUCCUCUUCCUGAGCCGUCACAUUCGUCUAUACUUGAUGCAGAAGAUACAUGCCAUGCAUUUUCAUUUCGAAAGCGUACCACAAUAAUACCAAAGGUUCACGACCAGGUAAGUGGAGAAGCUGAGAAGGAGCAACAGAAAGAUGAAUCGAACCCCGCAAAACCAUUAUUGGGUUCCUCGGUGUUUAAUCAAGACAGCAGCCUCGGGUUAUCAGGAAUCAAGUGGGCUGAAUCACGGGGACCAUUUGAUUUCGGCUUAUCUUCAUCCCGAAAGUUUGCUAAUGGAGACAGCGUAAGCUUUGGUGCUGUAGUAAAAGAUUUGCAGGAAAUGGAGCCUUUAUAAAAGAAAAGAAAGCUUCAAAAGCAUUGAAACUCAUGAACAAUAAUUAUUCCACAGGAAAGGUAAAUACUAAGCAUGUUUCAUAGAACCUGAAGAUCAUUUUGAAAUAAAGAGGAUUUGGUCUCUCACAAAUCGUCAGAAGGGUAACUACAAUGAAGUACAUGUCUGAACAAAUCAUCAGUGUGUAAAUAUGCUUUUUGAUCUUCUUCACCUUAUGUCUCUGGCAAGCCUUUUUACAUGCGUGUGCUCUGCAAAAUACAACAUGUUACAGCAUUUGUGUUCAUUAAGGUCUGCUAAAUUUUAAGCUUGUAACAAAGACUUUGUCUAUAA